AUGAGCUCCUUUACCUUAUUCUACUCUCAAUCUACGCCCCCUUUUCGACUUUCUCCACUCCAACCCAACCAGAAGACCAUAAUCACAGUAACCAAGCGCGCUUUUCUAAUGAAACCUGCUUUGCGAUUUCUUGAGUUUGCGAUCUGGCAGGUUUUGAGCAGCUCAUCGGAAAAGAAUGAAGUCUUGGAUGCUAAAGAUGCGGCAUUGCUGGUCAACACUUGCAUUACGCGUAGUUUGCCGCCAGUUUUGAGUUUGGAACAAGGGCUGGAGAGGAUUAAGGAGUCCGUGGCGGAAUUGAGGGCUAAUCCUCCUUGUUGCUCAAGCGGGAUGUACAGAUUUCAGCUUGCAGUGCCACCAAGUGCAAAAGCAUUGAACUGGUUUUGCUCCCAACCGGAUCAAUCAAACAUUUUUCCUCUAUUUUUUCUUUCCAAUGAAGAGAAUCCGACGUAUAAUUCGCUCUCUCUUGGAAGAACCAGGGGCAUUUUCGGUAUUGGUUCAGCCGUUGUCUUCAAGGAUUGUUCUCCUCAUGGUGCAGGAAAAGACAGUAAUAUUAGGAGAUAUCUUUUGGCUGAACCAACAACUGCAAAGGCUUAUGGUUUCUUGGAUAUCGAGUUCGACACCUACAUGUCUGCUAUAAAGCAUCAGAGUGGUUCGUAUUACCUUUUCAUCCCUCAGAUUGAGUUGGAUGAGUUUGAAGAUAUCCCUUUCUUGACCGCGACAUUGGCAUGGGACGACUCUUCAAUUUGUACCUUUAGUGAAGCUGUUCGAAGAUUUGAGCUUGCAUUAGACCAGGCCAUGCAUACCUGUGCAAACAGAAGUCAACUGAUUCGGUCUUCUCUUUCAAAGUAUCGCAAUGCAGAGAAACAUAAGGCAAUGGUACGUGCAAAUGCUUUGUUAUUGGAUGGGAAGCACACAGCAGCCAGCGCCCUGGGGCUGGGAGAUUCUUUGUCUUGUUGCAGUCAGUUUGUUGCUAGGCUUUCAUCAACUUUAUCAAUUGCAGAUAACAUGAUAGAUGAAACAAAUUCAGUCAACAAUGUGAUUCAAGAUUUACCCAAUAUCAAUGCUUUGUGGGCGUACCUUAUAGUUGAGGAAUGCACUCGACUUGGUUUGACAUAUUUUUGUGUGGCCCCUGGAUCAAGGUCAUCUCCCUUAACAAUUGCUGCCGCCAGUCAUCCUCUCACGACUUGUAUUGCAUGCAUUGACGAAAGAUCUCUUGCAUUUCAUGCGCUCGGUUUUGCAAAAGGUUCAGGAAAACCGGCAGUCGUUAUAACUUCAUCAGGCACAGCUGUCACAAAUCUUUUUCCGGCUGUAGUUGAGGCUUGCCAGAGUUUUGUACCAAUGCUUUUGCUAACGGCUGACCGUCCUCCCGAGCUUGUAGAUGUUGGGGCUAACCAAGCUAUUGAUCAGAUUAAGCAUUAUGGCUCGUUCGUGAGGCACUUUUUCAGUCUCCCUCCUCCUACAGACGAAAUAUCGGCAAAAUACGUACUAACUACAAUAGACUCAGCUUUUCUUAAAUCAACAUCUUCCCCAGUGGGCCCCAUACACAUCAAUUGCCCUUUCCGUGAGCCAUUGGCAAGCACCUCGAAAACUUGGAGCCACAAAUGUUUAAGUGGAUUGGACACUUGGAUUUCAAAUGCCGAACCAUUGACCAGACAUUCUUUGACGUGUUAUAGUAACGUGAAAGAGCAGAUGGUUGAGGUGGUGAAACUGGUCAAAGGGGCAAAUCAGGGAAUUUUGGUGUUGGGUUCGAUUCAGAAGGAGGAUGACAUGUGGGCAGCUCUUUUGCUGGCCAAGCACUUGUUGUGGCCGAUUGCUGUUGAUAUUCAGUCGGGUUUGAGGUUGAGGAAGUACGUGUCGACUUUUCUUGACAGCAAGGAUAUAUUGUUCGUUGAUCAGCUUGAUCAGCUGUUGCUGUCUGAAUCUGUAAGGGAAUGGAUGAGGGCAGAUGUAAUAAUACAGGCUUCCUGGGAGACCUCAUUUCUGAUUAAUUCGGAACAAUCCUUGACCGAACCUUACGUAGCUCGGAAAAUCUCGGAGGCAAUUCGCUGUGGGUCGGCUUUGUUUUACGGGAACAGCAUGCCAAUACGUGAUGCGGAUAUGUAUGGCUGUGACUGGGUGCAUUGCACCCACAGUGCUGCUCUCAUGUUGAGCUCUGGCUUGCCAUGUCACCCAGUGCAUGUUAGCGGGAAUCGAGGGGCUAGCGGUAUUGAUGGUUUGAUAAGCACUGCUAUUGGAUUUGCUGUUGGCUGCAAUAAAAGAGUGCUUCUUGUGAUUGGCGAUAUUUCAUUUUUGCAUGAUACAAACGGGUUGGCAUUACUAAGACAACGGACAUACCGGAAACCAAUGGUCAUACUUGUGCUUAACAAUCAUGGUGGAGCCAUCUUUAGUCAAUUACCAGUUGCAAAUACCACAGAUAGAAGCAUACUAGACCAGUUUUUCUACACGUCUCACAAUGUGUCGAUACGCAAUCUAUGUUUAGCACAUGGUGUGAAGCAUGUUCAAGUGCAAACAAAAAGGGAGUUAGAAGAUGCAUUGUCCACAUCUCAAAAAGAAGACGUUGAUUGCGUGGUGGAAGUCGAGAGUGAAAUUGAUAUGAACGUCGCUAUUCAUAGUAAGUUGAGGAAUUUUUCUCGCAAAGCCUCGGAUAAUGCACUUAACAUCCUCUCAAAGCUGUCAGUUGAAGAUUCCAGCUUGGAAAAUUACAAGAUCCAUAAAAUGGAUUACUUUCUCUACCGGGUUGAGCUUAAUGCCCCACCUACUUCAGCUUCUAUGGAGUCGAAGGCUCCCACAUCCUAUAGGGAAGGUUUUGUCAUAAGUCUAACUCUUGAAGAUGGUAGUAGUGGAUUUGGUGAGGUGGCACCUCUUGAAAUCCACAAAGAGAACUUGCUUGAUGUGGAAGAGCAACUUCGGUUUCUUGUUCACGCUAUGGAAGGAAAGACAAUCAGUGGCAUACUACCGCUGUUGAGUUGUUCGAUUUCUUCUUGGAUAUGGAAGAAUUUAGGAAUUCCGCCAGGUUCAAUCUUUCCCAGUGUUCGAUGUGGAUUAGAGACAGCUCUCCUGAGUGCUAUUGCAAGUAAACAAAAUAGCACUUUACUGGAUAUAAUUAGUCCCACAACAGAAAAAACGUCCGAGAAAUCAUCUGCUGUUCAAAUUUGUGCCCUCAUUGACUCCUACGGGACUCCAAUGGACACAGCUCUUGUAGCAUCUAAUUUGGUUGAUGAAGGAUUUACGGCUAUAAAAAUAAAAGUUGCACGUCGAGCAGAUCCUGAUGAAGACAUAGUUACAAUACAAGAGGUGAGAAGAAAAGUGGGAAAAGAUGUUGUAAUCCGUGUGGAUGCAAAUAGGAAAUGGAAUUAUGAUGAAGCCGUUAAGUUUGCUCUCUCGACCAAAGAUUGCUGCCUGCAAUAUAUCGAGGAACCAGUGAAUGAUGAGAAUGAUAUAGUGAAAUUCUGUGAAGAAACUGGUGUACCAGUGGCUUUGGAUGAAACAAUCAACUCUAUAGGGGAGAACCCUCUGGAGGUCCUUGGGAAAUACAGCCACUCAGGAAUUACUUCUGUUGUAAUCAAACCUAGUGUCAUCGGUGGUUUCGAAAAGGCAGCUCUAGUCGCAAGGUGGGCCCAUCAGCUCGGGAAAACAGCUGUCAUUAGUGCUGCUUAUGAAAGUUCACUUGGUUUGUCAGCCUACGUUCAGUUCGCCCAUUACCUCGACCUGCAAAAUGCCGAAAUUCGAAGCUUGACGAGCAAGGAACUCGAACCAAUCACAGUGCACGGUUUGGGGACAUACAAAUGGUUCAAAGAGGAUGUGACUUUGGAGCAUCUAAAUAUUCAUUAUAAUCCUGACCACAGAUCAGUCGAGGCUGAUGCUGUUGAUGCCGGUCGAUUUCUGCAGAAUUUUCGGGUAAAUAAUGAAGUGGUUGUUAGAAAGUUUGUGGGUAAACAAGUGCGCAAGUACCAAGUAGCGGUUGAUACGGAUGGUGUCUCGUUUACUACAAAUGUGGUCGAGACUGGAGAAAGCAUUGAUGGUAGUGCUAUUGUGUUCCUCCAUGGGUUUCUUGGAAGCAAAGGUGAUUGGGUCCCGAUUAUGAAAUCCCUCUCAACCUCCAAUAGAUGCAUUGCAAUCGAUCUACCUGGCCACGGAGGAUCAAAGUUGCAAUUUAACGGUUCCGAUUUGUCAAUUGAUAUGGUAGUCGAUACCUUGUGCAAGGUGUUAAAUAAUCUCACUCCUCAUAAGGUCACUCUUGUGGGGUACUCAAUGGGCGCUAGGAUCUCUUUAUACACAGCCCUAAAAUGUUCUCACAAGGUUGAAAAGGCUGUUAUAAUCUCGGGAAGCCCGGGUUUGAUAGACAAUGAUGCAAGGGAAAUCCGUAAGGCUAAAGAUGACUUUCGAGCAAGCACACUCGUGUCAAAUGGGUUAGAGUUUUUUACGGAGGCUUGGUAUGGUGAAGAACUGUGGGCAAGCUUAAGAACCCAUCCACACUUUAAAAUGAUAGUUUCCAGCCGUUUGCAGCAUGAUGACUUGCCGACUCUUGGUAAAGUUCUCUCUGGCUUAAGCAUCGGAAGGCAACCAUCUUUGUGGGAGGAUCUGAAGCAUUGCAAGGUUCCACUGCAGAUUUUAGUGGGAGAAAAAGAUGCAAAGUUUAGAAGAAUCGCUCGUGAGAUGUACGCCAAAAUUGGCCAUGAAAAUGGAAGUUGUAAUUAUUCACCGCCAUUGACUGAAAUUCGGAAUGCUGGACAUGCAGUUCAUCUCGAGAAUCCUCUUGCUGUGAUUACCGCUCUACGACAGUUCAUAUAGAGAGAGGGAAGACUAGUUAGAUCCCUUGAUUUAUGUACAAUAAAAUAAAAUUUACAAUAAAAGAAGUAAAGAAGAAGAAAUGAAUAAUGCAUAGAUCAUUCAAUUGUUGUCUCCAAAAGAAAGUGUAGUUUUUCAUAAAGUAGAAUAGUGUUACAGAAAGAUAUAAUCUUGUAUGUAAGGAAAUAAUGAGUCACCUCAGUUGUAACAAGGGAUCAAAUAAGUUCCACUUCACAAUUGGUCAUCUUUCUUGGCCUAUAUGUUUGGAUUCAAAAUUUUCAGUUUUUGAUGGGAAUGUUAUCUCUGUUGGAGUGUUGAUAAAUGCAAGAUGAGUUUAAACCUUGGAUCUUAG